AUGGAAUUCCAGAGCUCCUUGUGCCGGACGCAGCAGCGGUUGCAGCUCCGUACAGCAGGACCUGUUGAAUCAUAUAUAUUCCCUAGUCCCUCUGCAAGAUGCUGCCCGUGCUGCUUGUGCGUCUCGCAGAUUUUUACUUUCUUGGAGACACUAGUCGAUACUCCGAUGGCGCCUGGAAAAUUCCUCCACCUCAAGUACCUGGACAUCUUGCUUUCGGGAAACCUGAUAUUUCCCCCCAGCUAUGAUUUCUUUUCACUGAUUUCAUUUAUCAACGCUUCUCCUGCCUUGGAAUCGUUUGUGCUGCGUUUAAAGCAGGAUGGCUUGAGGCACGAUUCAAUUCUUGCAGAAUCUGAUGGACAUCCAAAGGAUAUUAGACAGUUAGAAUGCCGGCAUGACUGCCUUAGGAAGGUUAAAAUAACAGGCUUUUGUUCCUCCAAGGGCUUGGUUGAGCUAACAAGUCACAUUCUUGAGAAUGCGUCUUCGCUAAAGUGCCUCACAUUGGAUACAACCCGUGAUGAUGAGAGGAAUUUCGCUAUGAUUCAUAAAUGCUUCACAAUGAGUAAGGAUGCUCUCGCAGAAGCCCACAGAUCUCUCGAGGCUAUCAGAAGGUAUAUUAUUGGGAAAGUACCCUCAAAUGUUUGCCUCAAGGUGCUUGAGCCCUGUAAGCUGUGCCAACCAGACAUUAUUUGA